CAAACUCAGUGAAGUGUUGCCCUCUAAUCUAUUCUACUUUGCACGUUCUCAAGUCCACGACAAAAUUUAAUUUCCCAUGAUGUCGCUUAUGCUGUAUACGAAGUCACGAUAUAUACCCGACUAUGACAGAUGUGUCAGCUUUUGGCGUCUCUCCGGAUAGAGCUAUAAGCUACCAGCCUUUGAGCGCUACCAGAAAUGAAAUUCGAAUACUCAUUAUCGAACCUCCAUCGUCGGAAGAUAAUCGCAUCCGGUGCCACCUAGAAUACGUCUCCUUAUUCAAUCUCGAUAAUGAUUUCGUUGCGCUCUCAUAUUGCUGGGGUGACCAUAAUGAGCUUAAGCGAAUAGUGCUGUCUGGCAACCUGGUUCCCAUUACUUUCAACUUAUACAAAGCCCUUGACGAGUUACGCCGCAGAGGGUAUUACAGAGUUUGGGCCGAUGACCUCUGUAUUAACCGAUAUGACGACGAAGAGCGCAGCCAACAGGUCCUACGGAUAGGGGCGAUCUAUCGAUCUGCCUCGCAGGUUAUAUCCUACCUCCGUGGCCCAGGCCGCGCGUGGCAGCAAGCCUUAGCGGAUGCUGUCCACCGUAUCACUAGGCGCGCCGAUGCAUCAAAGCGAAAUGAAAAAGACCGCAUCGAAGCUAAGAGAGAUGCCCGGCGGAAGAGAAAGUCGACAAGAAACAAGAGCACCGACCGAGAAAUACAACACCGCAGCAGCAUUUACCAAACGAUCUCGACGAGGUCUGCUGCAGUGCGAAGUGUAAUGGAAUUAUCUGCUGCCGAGGAAACCGCGCUAUUUCUAUUACUUGACAAUUCCUACUGGCGACGUGCAUGGAUCAUCCAAGAGAUUUCGAUGAACCCCCGCCUCACUAUUGUCUGGGGAAGGCAAGCAUUCGACUUGGGCCAACUUCUACAAACAUUUUCCUGUCUAAGCAACUAUAUCCGCGGAAAGAGGGAGAAAGUGUUGAAUCACAUCAGAUGCGUCUACAAGAUUAGGAGUUCCCAGCUGGCUUUGAAACCUCUGUCCCUGAUCGAAGCUCUUGGGCUAUGCUACUUGGCUAAGGCACAGUUCAUUCGAGAUCGUGUCUUUGCUCUUCUUGGGCUCACUCACGACGGCGCUUAUUUGGUACCUUCGCCUAGUUAUACCCUGCCUUUGGAGAAUAUUAGUAGGGAUAUGACCAUCAGACUGAUACGCGCAACUGGGAACUUGGAUGUUGUGAUAUCGAAAGCACACGGAAUCGAAACAUGGUACCCUAACUGGUUUGACUCAAGGUAUUGGCACUGGUACAGAGUUUCACAUCACCGUCUAGGUCGACCAAGCUUGCUUACGUAUACAAAUUAUGGUCCUUACCGCGCCUCUGGCAAUCAAACUCCAUCGCUCAGGGUGUUUGGGAAUGAAAUCAUAGCCAAAGGGUUCUUUAUCGGCAAUAUUGUGGACUGCUCACCUACUCUGGAGGAAGCCAGGGACAGCGGUUUGCCGAGAACGGAGCUUCUCCGACCGAGGUCAUGGAAGCGGAACCCUAAGAAUGAAAGACUCUUCUUCGGGCUUGAGCCUGCGACGACGAUGAGAACCCUGUGUUGGCUUCUCAUCGACAUGACUCGGUCGUCGGUGCCAAGGAUGAAACAUAGGAGGGCAGGGACACAUCUUUACACUCUACUCCAUACGCUGCUACACAAAAAGGAGACCAUCAUAGAACAAGCCCCGUCACUUCUGCAGUGGCUCAACUGCUGUGACGCCCAAUGUUUCAAGGUCGAUGACAAACGGCUUGUGGCCUACUUCUCCAUGAAGAGCAGCACCCCUCUCUCGCCGGGAGACCGAGAAGCGCUCGAGGAAGACUGUAGAACUAUUCAGAAGAAUUUGAGAGCCAAUAUGAGAUUGGGAUGUACGGAUGAAGGAAAUAUCGGAUGGUUUCCCCGUAACACCAGGACGGGAGAUCGGGUUGUCAUUCUCUUGGGCGCGAGUAUGCCUUGUGUUCUUCGGCAAAGGCCGAUUGGAGGAUAUACCAUUCUGGGCUCAUGUAUUGUGGAUGGAGUCAUGAAGGGCGAGGCGGUUAGGAAGGGAUUGCAACGUGUGCAGGAUAUCCAGUUGCACUAGUUUCAUUGAGUAGGAAUAAUGUUCACUGUACGGUUACCGAUGGAAAUGUCGUCAUCGAGUGUUACGUACCGCUUGGCUAGGCGAUGUAUACGAGAAUGAAGAUUGUAAGGUCAAUAUGAAAGCCCAAUAGGAGUAAUCAUUUCUAGUAUACCGCUGCUAACCACCAUCAGGAUCUAAGAGGUGAUAUGAGAUGAAUAGUUGGGAGAUAUAUUCUUCCGAUCGCGAUUG